AAAUCUUUUUCGGGGUAAUUUAUAAGCCUGUGGCUUACCUGAGCAUUUGCCAGGUUCUGAAACAUAGAGGACACAGAAGCGAACAAAAAUCAAUGCUGCUUUAUUGAAAAUCAACUUAAACAGUCGGGCCGUCGAGUCACGAGCCACCAACAGCGUGUCAACUUUAGUGUUACACAGUUUUAUAUUUUAGACUUUAAUAUUGCUCUUUGCUGCGAUGCACUUGAACCUAACACGCUUUCCCUUCAGCUCUGCACAAACAUCAGCGAUUGACAGACGGAAAGCAAGAAAGUACCGUAAUAAACCAUAUAUUUCAAAAAAGUGCAAUUGUCUUUUAGGAACAAUUCAAACGUUUUGAUUGCGCAAAUGCUUCAGGAGUUACGGUUAAAUGAACAGCGGUAGAUCAGAGCCCUUUCGCAUAGGCAGGCUGCUGCAUACGGCAUCGCCUGGUUUAUUUAAGUUAACUGAGCAUUACAUUCGCAAGUCAUAAGCAUAUUACAACAAUUAACGAUUAACUAAGAAUAAUAAUCAAUAUUUCAAAGUUAAUUUCAAAUAUAGUGCAUAUUUAUGCAUAAAACGUAUGGGUGGAGUGUUUUUUUGGCUCUGUGAUUCUGUAUUCAAUUAAAUGCAAUACAUUAAUUUAUUAAAAACUUGUAUUAAUAAAAUGCAUAUAUUAAUGCUUUUAGGGAUUAAUAAUAAUUGAAAGUGAUCUUUUGUUCUUUGUAUAUUUAUAAACAGGCACAAGAUAUAUACACAGCACACAGUCAGUUGUACAUUAAACAUUAUGGGGUUGUUUCCCGGGCAGGGAUUAGCUUAAACCAGGACUAGGUCUUAGUUUAAUUAUGACAUAUAUAACUAGUUUGAAUAAACAUGCCUUACUAAAACCAUUACUUGUGUGCAUUUUGAUGUAUUUUAAGAUAUGUCAGUGCAAAUUGUUUUCAAGUUUGGAAAGCUCUUAUCCCUGUCUGGGAAACCUCCCCUAUAAGCUUACUGUGACACAUGUCCCGAGCUCUCAUCAGCGUCGCCCUGGAAACCAAGCAGUCACACCUGUACCUGCUCGUUAUGGGCUGAGCGGCCACACCUGCGCCCCAUCAAGCAUCAGCUUUAUAAACCUGGCAAACAAACACAGAGGUGAGAGAUGUCUCCACAAAACUCGGCUAACCUUUGUUUCUCUUACCCCCGCAGAGAGCAGUGUGUGACCGCCAGUCCCAGGACCAAGGAAGAGCACGGACCCACACAGCACAACGCCUUACAUAGAAGAGGAAACAAAGCACCGAGCACCAAACCACCUCACGUUAUCCUUCUUUUCCCCACUAAACCACUAAUAAAAUCCACCCUCCGGGGUUUUUACUUGCAUUCUCGUGUCGUGUGCUUCUUCACCCCGCCACACUGGUGGAGAAUGCGGGCAACUCAGUGAAGAAGACACAGACAACGACCCCUUUACACUCAGUUUUCCCCUCUUGGAUUAAUUUGGACAGAUUUUAUUUUUUGUUUCUCUUUUGGCUCACAUUCCCUCUCUGUUUCCCCAGGUGACGCUCCUCCCCCGAAGAUGGAAGAACUGCUGAAGCACCUCACAGAGGUGAGCAUUCGCCAGCAGCAAAUCAUGGAGUAUAUGGCCUCCCGGCAAGGGGAAACGGAGCGUGAGCUUUCCGCGCUCCGCAUCGCUGCUGCCCAGCGAACUCCGCUACCUGACCCCCGUGUCCAGGCGACACAGUUGCUGCCGAAAAUGACAGCGCAUGAUGAUGUAGCGAUGUAUCUCCAGAUGUUCGAAACCGUUGCUGUGCGGGAGGCGUGGCCCAAGGAUGAGUGGGCACGGAUCGUGGCCCCGCUCUUAACUGGGGAAGCGCAACGGGCUUAUUUUGCGCUGACGCCGGAACGAAGUGCUUCCUAUGAAGAGUUGAGGAAGGAGAUCCUCGGCCGGGUUGGAUUGUCACCGAUCAGCGCUGCCCAACUUUUCCACGAGUGGGCCUUUGACUCACGGCAGCCGGCCCGAACUCAAGCCGCCAAUCUCUCUCGCCUUGCCCAACACUGGCUACUGGCCGGGGAUCCCAGCGCGCAUCAGGUAGCGGAGCGUGUAGUGGUUGACCGCCUCCUUCGAGCCCUGCCCCGCCCACUUCGUCAAGCAGCUGGCAUGCGGAACCCAUCCAACAUCGACGAGCUGGUUGAGGCCAUCGAGCUGGCGGAGGCCAGCCAACACCGGGAGGUUGGGGAGCGAGCGUCACCUUUUCCCCGGAGGGUGGUCCAGGAGCGACGCACGCCGGAGGGCACCCAGCGACCAGUGAACAGGCCGGCGGUUCCCGGGCUGCAAGAUGAGCCCAUGCCCACUGAAGCACCCCGCUCUCCUGGACGACCCUGGCUGGCAGGCUGCGCCGUGCAUACAGAAAACGCACCGCGGGCGGAAGUGAAAAUAAAUGGCCGCCCGUUCCUCGCCCUUCUUGACUCCGGCAGUGCCGUCAGCCUGAUCAAGACGUCUGUCCUGCCCCCGCGAGCUGAAACCAAGGCAAUGCUGCCCAUCACCUGUGUGCACGGCGACACCCGAGACGUCCCAGCGCGGCGCGUUACCAUCGCUGCGCCACCCGGCGCCUGGCCAGUAGACGUCGGACUCGUCAAGGACCUGCCAGUGCCGGUCCUGCUUGGUAGAGACUGGCCAGGAUUCGACCGCCUGCUCGCCGCCAUCACCCAGCCUGUCAGCUCUGCCGGGAACCGCCCAGUCCGGAGGACCACAAAGAGGCCACGACGGCGUCCCGUGUUGCUGGCCUCGGACAGCCCCAAGGAUGGUGAGUCACUCCCUCAAAGUUCUAACCUUUACUUUGAUUUGUACCAGCAGGUGACUGGAGCUGGGGCCUUCGCCAAGGAGCAACACGAGGACGACAGAUUGAAACACUGCUGGGCCCAAGUGAGAAUCGCAGAAGGGAAGGAGUUUCAACCUGCACCCCAUCCCAUUCCCCACUUUGUGGUGAAAAAUGGCCUGCUUUACUGUGUCGCACAGCGUAGGGGGGAGGAAAAACUCUUGCUGGUCGUCCCACGCACCAAGACGGAAGCAUUGAUGGAGAUAGCCCAUGCACACCCUAUGGCAGGCCACUUAGGAGCCCAGAACACAAUACAGCGCCUCCGUGACCGAUUUCACUGGCCGGGCCUGGAGGCUGAAGUUAAGCGUUUCUGUCACGCCUGCCCAACCUGCCAAAAGACGUCACCACGCUCCCCUCCCCCCAGCCCGCUUAUACCGUUGCCCAUUAUUGAGGUGCCCUUCGAGCGGAUUGGGAUGGAUCUGGUAGGGCCGUUGCCGAAGUCCGCCCGGGGCCAUGAACACAUUCUUGUCAUCGUGGAUUAUGCCACCCGCUACCCUGAGGCCAUUCCCCUCCGUAAGGCCACCACAAAAGCGAUCGCCCAGGAACUGUUCCUUCUGUGUAGCCGGGUCGGCAUCCCCUCCCAAAUACUGACUGACCAGGGCACCCCAUUUAUGUCCCGGAUGAUGGCUGACCUCUGCAAGCUCCUCAAGGUCCAACAGCUCCGCACCACGGUGUACCACCCCCAGACCGACGGGCUCGUUGAACGCUUCAAUCAAACACUAAAGCAGAUGUUGCGGCGAGUGGCUGCCGAAGACAAGCGAGACUGGGACAAGAUGUUGCCAUAUGUGCUCUUCGGUGUCCGGGAGGUCCCACAAGCCUCCACUGGUUUCACCCCGUUUGAGCUACUCUUUGGUCGGCAGCCCCGCGGCCUGUUGGACGUUGCCCGAGAGGCCUGGGAGCAACAACCAGCGGUGCACCGAACCAUGGUGGAACAUGUGAGGGACAUGCGAGAGCGGAUCGACCGCGUCAUGCCUAUUGUCCGGGAACACCUCGCCAAGGCACAACAGGCUCAGCAACGACACUACAACCGGGCAGCCCAACCACGGGAGUUCCAGCGAGGCGACCACGUUCUGGUCCUGGUCCCCACGGCUGCCUGCAAGUUCCUGGCCACUUGGCAGGGUCCGUACACCAUAACAGAGAAGGUCGGCCCUGUCACCUACCGUGUCCGGCAACCAGGUAAAAGGAAAGAGGACCAGCUCUACCAUAUUAAUCUCCUGAAACGUUGGGUCGGGACCGGACCCCAGCUUUCUGCCUUGGCCAACUCACCCCCCGUGGUUGUUGACAUGGACCCUCAACUCUCGGCCGCUCAGAAGUCGGAGCUGCAACACCUGGUCAGCCAGUUUUCUGAUGUGUUCUCCCCCCAGCCUGGGCGGACCCACGUCUUGGAACAUGACGUCCGCACACCACCUGGAGUUAUCAUCCGGCAGCGGCCUUAUCGUGUCCCAGAGGCUCGGCGACACGCCAUCGAGAAAGAAGUUCAGGAGAUGCUGAAAUUGGGGGUCAUCGAACCAUCGCGCAGCCCAUGGUCCAGCCCCAUCGUCAUGGUUCCAAAACCCGACGGCACCUUCCGCUUCUGUAACGACUUCCGGCGUCUAAAUGAAGUCUCAGAGUUUGACAGUUACCCGAUGCCCCGGGUCGACGAGCUGCUGGACCGCCUAGGGAGGGCCCGGUUUAUCUCGACCCUUGACCUCACCAAGGGUUACUGGCAGGUCCCCUUAACAGAACAGGCCAAACCGAAGACGGCCUUCUCAACCCCAAACGGCGGCCAUUGGCAGUACCGGGUCCUUCCCUUCGGCCUACACGGGGCCCCGGCCACCUUCCAGCGGCUGAUGGAUGUCCUCCUGCGACCACACCAGCUCUAUGCAGCCGCCUACAUCGAUGACGUCGUCAUCCACUCUGAGACUUGGGAAGACCAUCUGGAGAGGCUGCGGAAGGUGCUGUUGGAGUUACGCCAAGCCGGCCUGACCGCCAACCCUCGGAAAUGUCACCUGGCCCUCGCCGAAGCGAAGUACCUGGGCUACCAGGUGGGUCGGGGCCUUAUCAGACCACAAGAGAAGAAGGUGGCCGCUAUCCUCUCCGCGCCACAGCCUGCCUCCAAGACUCAGGUACGGGCCUUUUUGGGGUUGGCGGGUUACUAUCGCUGCUUCAUCCCUGACUUCUCCUCCUUAGCAUCUCCCCUGACAGACCUGACCAGGAAGGGGCAGCCGGAGAAGGUCCUUUGGACAGCAGAAACGGAAACAGCGUUCCAGCGGAUAAAGACGGCUCUUACUUCGGAACCAGUGCUCCAAGCCCCCGACUUCAACCGCCCCUUCCUGCUACAGACAGACGCAUCCGACACUGGUUUAGGAGCCGUCCUGUCCCAGGGCCAGGCCAGCGAGGAGCACCCGGUGAUUUACAUCAGCCGAAAGCUGACCCCAGCAGAGCAAAGGUAUGCGACCGUUGAGAGGGAGGCUUUGGCAGUCAAGUGGGCAGUUCUGGAGCUGCGGUACUACCUCCUCGGUCGCCACUUCACCCUUGUCACCGAUCACGCUCCUCUGCAGUGGAUGGCCAGAGCAAAGGACACGAAUGCCAGGGUGACUCGGUGGUUCCUUGCGCUCCAGGACUUCAACUUUACCGUGCAACACCGGGCAGGGACGGCCAACGCAAAUGCUGAUGGUCUCUCCAGGAUAUGGGCAGCUUUCGCAGGUCUGUCAGGGUCCACUCCCCGCCCUCCCCCAAUCUCCCCACUUCUCCAUAGGAACAGGACGACGCUUAGGGGGGGGGGAGUGUAA